AUGACCGGAGUCAUAAUGGCCGGAGCCAUAACAAAAUAUGAUGACCGGAGUCAUAAGGGCCGGAGCCGAGGUAGAGUAUGUGACAUGUGGUCGCAGUAACCAGGACCGAAGUAGAACAUGUCUCUGUGGCCGGAGCCGAAGUAAAACACUUUGCCCGUCAAAAAGUGUAAUUGUAAAAGGGGGUAGUAGGAGAGAUAAGGGGUGGUAUUAUUUCACCCCGAGGGUAGCUAGUAAGGAGAGUAGGUCGUUGUUUACGGCGAGUCCUUCAUCUAUUAAAGGAUGGAAGGAGAAAUUCUUUUUUGUAGAUGAUACGGAGUGGGGGAAAGGGGAUGCCGAGGUGAGGGAGUUAGCCUCCUGGAAGGCCAAAAGGGCCAACCAGAAUAGGUUUAGCUUAAAUGAGGAUGAGGAGGAAGAAGUGGGGAGGUUGGUGAGGAAGGAGGGGGAUUUAUUAAACAUUUUGGACCUCACCAGCGCACAAUGCAUAGAAGCUGCCGAGCUCUAUGGGCCAAGCGCUUUGAGUGAAGGAGCGGCCAUCCCCAAGAAGCCAAGGAAGAAGUCAAAGACUUCCACCAAGCAAGUGGAUGAAGGGAGGGCGAAGAAAGAGAUAGUGCCCACGGCUUCAGCUGAGGCAGAAGAGGAGGUGCCACAGUUGAAGAGGAAGGGGUGGGAGGAGAGGAGGGCACUGCAAAAGAAGCAGAGGGUGGUGGAGGAGGAGACAGGGAAUGAGUUGGAGGAGGGGGCUGAGGUACGAGCUCCUGGUAAGGGAAAGGGCCCUGUUCCCUCACUGGGGCCUCAGAGUAGCCUGUUCGAGGCGAAGAACAUAACGGGGGCUAGGUGGUUCAUCAACAACACCUUCCCCGAAGUGGACCAAUGCAACGCGCGGGAGGAAGCUCUGAGGUAUGGUGGAGCGUCCGUGGUGAAGCACAUUCUAGAGAGCGCGAGCUGGGUGAAUGGUCUAGCCCAGGAAUUCAGGGAGAGCCUGAAGGAUCGCGCACUCUUGCAGAGGCAACGGGACCAACUGCAGAAGGAGAAGGAGGAGUUGGAGAAGAAGAAUAAGGAACUGCAAGAGUCUCUGAACAAGGUGGUUCCAACUGUUUCACAGUUGGAGCAAGAGAGGGCUUCCCUAAGCACCAAGCUCGCUUUUGAGGAGAGCAAACGAAGGAUCGCUGAAAGUGAGCGUGAGGCUCAGGCGCAAGAAAUGAAGCUGAUGACAAAGGCAUUCAAGGAGCUGAAGGGGAAUAUGUGGAAGUUGGUGCAUAAUGGGAUGAAGGAGCACAUCAGCAACUUCAUCAGUUCCAACUCGUUUGAUAGCAUCGUCAACUUGUACCGGCUACCCAUUGCCAUCAUUGCUUUCACAGACUGCAGAAAGAAGGUGAAGGCUGAAUAUCCCAAAAUGGAUGUGACAAAGAUCACCUUCGGCGAGCAAGAAGGAGGAGUGGAGGAGGAUGGCGAGAGCAUGUCAGCAGACUUCCGCCCUCAAAUUAAGCUGAGGUGGGAGGAUGAUGCAGACGGUCUUGCUGUUUUUCCUCCACAGUUCGACUUCGAGUUCGUUGCAGUGGAGGAAGAAGGGGCAGAGGUAGAGGAGGACGAGAUGGGGGCAGGAGUGGAGGGAACUGAAGUGGGUGAGAUCCAACCAGUUCCAGAAGUGGAGAUUCAUCCAGUUCCCUCAGACGAUGAGCAGCCUCCUCUGCCGGACGAGCAGCAGCCAACACAGCCACCUCCUCUAGCUAAGCAGGAACCAGUGGAGCCACCUCUCUCAGCAGAGAAAUAAUUUUGUUUUUUGAUUUUUGAUUUUUUGUAAAGACAUUUAAACAAUUUGUAAUACUUAUAUUAUUCUUAAUGAAAGUUCAUUUUUGAAAUAAUGUGUUUAUUUGUGUUUGUCUGUUUAUUAUUAUAUAUUGAUAGAAGAACUGAGACUACCUUUAAAAAAGGAUAGUUAAUAAAAAGAAAUUAAUCAC